AAAUAAAUGGCUCGUUUAUGGUGGACAUUAGAUCCUUCAAAAUUUCACUUAAAGCAAUUAGCACAUGGAGGAAGAAAUGAAGUAUUAUUUGCUACUUUAGGCUUUGUAGUGGGAAGUGCAAUAUUCGCAUACAAAAGACAAUAAAAAUACUAUAGAAGAUACGUAAAUGAUUAAUCAUUAUGGAACAGAACUAUAGGCUCAAAUGGAAAAGCAUUCAAUGUUCCAAGAAACAUUGUUUGAAUGAAUAUAAUUAAAUUUAUUUUUCACAUUUUUUUUUUUUUUUUGAAUGUGAAAUACAUUAAUAUGUAUUUUAUGUUUUUUUUUUUAAUUACGAAAGAAUUCAAUUUUUGU